AUGCGGCUAAAGGACCGAGGUCGAGAUGACAAAGGCGGUCCACCUAGUCGUCGUGGCCGUUCUCGCAGUCGCUCACGAUCAAGGUCGCGGUCUAGUCGUAAGGGUCGAAACGAUGGCCGCUGGAAGUCCAGCGAUCGCCGGGACGAAAGCCGGAGGCGGGUCAGUGAUGGCAGAGGCGGUCGUUCUGCCUCAAGGUCUCGAUCAGCCACACGUUCCCGUUCGGUUUCUCACAAUGGCCUAGAGGAUAAUGUGGACGGGCGCAAAAGCGGAAGGCGACAUGACCGUCGGGAAACUAGGCAAUCUCGCAGCCCUCCUCCAAAGCACCGAGGCUCCGCUUCCCGUUCACGUUCAGGAUCCUACUGA